ACCCUAAAUAAUAUUUCGUCUUCCUCCUAAUGCAUCAGUACUGAGCAAAACACCAUUUCUUCCUUUCUCCCUUUUUCCUUCUUCUUCAAUCUUCAUAUCUCCUUCCAAACUUCUCUACUCUAAACCCACGAUCCCACGCCCUCUCCCCCGUAGUCUCCAUCGCUCUCUCCCUUAAGAUUUCCCGUUAAAGCUUCACCGCCACUCCAUUAAUUCUUCUCCACUUUCUGGUUGAUGUAUCUUAUGGAUGGACAAGAGAACAUACUUGAGGCCAUAUAUGAAGACGAUAAGUUGGAAAAUGAUGAUGUUGAAAUGGCCGAUGUGGAGGAAGGGGAGUUCAUUGACGACAAUAUCAAUAUAGAGAAAAGCAGUUUUACAGAUGUCCAAGCACCAAGUACGGAUCAGAGAAGUAAAAAUCGUAAACAUCGGACAAAGAAAAAGAAGAACAAAAGAAAGUCAAGCGAGCCAGGUUCAAAUGGCACUGAUAUAAACAGGUUUGUGUUGAAUGCAUGCAGACUUUUGAAAGAGAAAAAAUCGUACAUGGUGUACACUGCUGUAGGUUGUCUUGGAGUCUCUGCAUUAAGCGAACUUAUCAAAGAGGUCAAUGCAGUUCAAGCUUGUGGAGGUCAGAUGACUGCAGAUGGCAGGCGCUUUCGGACGGGAGGUGGCAUAUUAUGGAGCAUCAUCAAAACCCGGGAACCAAAUGCCUACAAAGAGAUAAUGAAACGUGCAAAAGAGUUUGAGAAACAAUUUAAGCAACCAAAUGUGAGAAGGGAGGCUACAGAAACUGAGAAAGAAAGUUCUCAAAAAGUUCCUCACCUUUUCUCUGAAGGAUCUUCUAGAAAUCUGCCAGAUCACGUCCAAAGCUUUUCUUCAGAGCUGAAUCAAUCUAAGGAAUCAAAUUCCGAAGAAAAACUGUCUUCUAUUCACGAUAGAUUAAGAGUACCAGUUUCAUAUGAUGAUGACCUCCUUCAAGAAAAUCCGAAAGAGGAAGAUACAACUGACUGUAGAUAGGUUUUCCCAUUUUUUUGAACAAUUGCUGUUGGUUUUUAGUUCGUGUCUAACCAAAUCAACAGUUUUUACCUCCAAAACAUGAGGCAGAAGAAUGUUCUAUAAGCUGAGUUUGUUACUUUCAUUUUCAGUGCCUUUUUGUUUUAGGCUGCUUUGGUUGAGUGCCUGCUUGUUCAGAUGAGGUUGGAAUUAGCCACAUGGAAACAAAUUGGAUUUAUUGGUUGUAAAUGGGAAAAGAUUUUGCAAUGUUCCUCGUGC